AAGCUCUGAGAAGAGCCUCCCUGCAAAUGGUUGGAUGGUACGGUCUGAGUUGAUUUAGGAAUUUGGGAAGAAUUCAGCCGAUCUUUCAGCGCUGGGGUUCACCUCUGCUCAACCGGAGACGUAGCUCUUGCUCCGGGACCCGCGGCCGAUCCUUUGAUGGACUGGGUGCCCCUGUCGUGAAGGAUGUCUCAAGAGUUCAUAAACUUAGCAACCUUGGACCCACAGACGCCGCUGAGUCCAAGUGAACUGCAGCUGGAUGCAGUUGUAGAUGAUGUGGACCAUGUCGAAUGGGAGGAGAGCACAGAUACCCUGCCCAGCCCAUUUCUACUGGUGUAUAACAUAAAGCCAUUCAGGGAGAAGAACCGCCAGGUCUUCCUGAAAGGCGUACCUGUCACCGUACAUGUCGAAGGCAUUGAGCGACAUCUGCGAGGAAUCAAGGUUCGGCCGAGUACUGUGUACAUGAUGAGGAUCACCCACGGGGACUUCACCUGGACACUGAAGAAGAAGUUCAAACACUUUGAAGAACUUCACCGGGACCUGUUGAAACACAAGUUCAAGACUCGGGUCAUUCAGCCUUUAACCAGGUUGGCAGCUCAGCAAGGACUGAGACGAGAGCCCGGUGUCGCCAUGAGAAUGCCCACGCUCCCUCGCCAACCAGAGUGGGCCUCCAUGAGGCAAGCUUCUAGUAAACAGAAACGUCUGGAAGAAUAUCUGAAUUCCCUUCUCGAGAAGUCCUUCUACAGAAACUACCACGGAAUGAUGGCAUUCCUGGAUGUUAGUGAACUGUCCUUCAUUCAAGACUUGGGUCCGAAAGGAUUGGAAGGGAUGAUCGUAAAACGCUCUGGAGGACACAGGAUCCCUGGCUUAAACUGUUGUGGUCGCCAUCGGGUCUGUUAUCGGUGGUCAAGGAGGUGGAUCGUUAUCAAGGACUCUUUCCUGCUCUACAUGAGGCCGUCCAACGGUGUCAUCUCCUUCGUUCUCUUGUUUGACAAAGGCUUCAACGUUCAAGUUGGCAGCCGAGAGACAGGAGCCAAGUAUGGCGUCAUGAUUGAGAACCUGUCCAGGACUCUGAUCAUCAAAUGCAGCAGCUACCGGCAGGCCUGCUGGUGGAAGCAGGAAAUCACCAACCUGGUGGAAAGGUACGGUCAGGAUUUCCUCACGGACCAUCGCUUCGAUUCAUUUGUUCCUGCUCGCCAUAGUAUCCCAGCACGAUGGUUCGUCAAUGGCAGUGGGUAUUUUGCCGCUGUUGCGGAUGCUUUGAACCAGGCCAAGGAAGAGAUCUUCAUCGCUGAUUGGUGGUUAAGCCCGGAAAUUUACCUGAAGAGACCGGCAAAGGAUGACUAUUGGAGGCUGGAUGCUCUCCUGAAGCGUAAGGCGGAACAGGGCGUGAAGAUCUUUGUCCUGUUAUACAAGGAGGUAGAGCUUGCUUUGGGCAUUAACAGUGAGUACAGCAAGAGGACAUUACUCUCCCUCCACUCCAAUAUAACGGUGAUGAGACACCCUGACCAUGUCUCGUCAACAGUGCUGCUCUGGGCACACCACGAGAAGUUGGUGGUGAUUGAUCAGACAGUGGCCUUCCUUGGGGGACUGGACCUGGCCUACGGGAGAUGGGAUGACCAAGAGUACCGCCUCACUGACUUGGGGAUUGCAGAUCAAGUGGAUCACACGGGGGACCAGGCCAGGAACCACCAUGCAACAGGGCACCUGGAGGAACAGGAUGACCAGGGAUGCACCAAGGUUGCCGAACAGGAGGGGCUCCAAUCUCACCGCCAGUCGGAACCAACAGAGUUCAACGUCGACAGAAAGUUCUGGUUGGGGAAAGAUUACUGCAACUUCAUUAAGAAGGACUGGGUGCAGUUGGACAAGCCUUUUGAGGAUUUCAUUGACCGAAAUUCAACUCCGCGUAUGCCUUGGCGCGACAUCGGCGUGGUCGUCCACGGAGGAGCAGCACGCGAUGUGGCCCGUCACUUUAUACAGCGAUGGAAUUUCACCAAGACCGUGAAGCCCAAGUACAAACCUUCUUGCUUCCCAUACCUGUUGCCAAAGUCUCAUAUGACUGCUGAUGAGCUCCCAUUCGUAGUUCCAGACUCUAUUCCAGCUAACGUCCAGGUUCUGCGAUCGCUGGAAUGUUGGUCCGGCGGUUCAAGUGAGAAUUCCAUCUACAAUGCCUACUUGCAAAUCAUUCGCGAUAGUCAGUACUUCAUAUACAUCGAGAAUCAGUUCUUCAUCACCUGUGCAGACGACCGCAGUGUGUACAAUCAGAUCGGAGACGUGAUUGUUGAGAGAAUCCUCAAAGCGUACAGGGCAAAGAGGAACUACCGCGUCUACAUCGUCAUCCCCCUGUUGCCUGGCUUUGAAGGAGACCUCUCUAGUGGCAGUGGGAAUUCCAUCCAGACUAUACUGCACUUCACAUUCCGGUCCAUGUGCAAAGGAGAGUAUUCAAUAGUUGAGCGUCUAAAAAAACACAUGGGGGAUGACUGGGUCAGCUACAUCACAUUCUGUGGGCUGAGGACUCAGGCUGAGCUGGACAGCAAGCUGCUGACAGAACUUAUCUACAUCCACAGUAAGAUGCUAAUUGCCGACGAUCGCCAAGUGAUUAUAGGUUCGGCGAACAUAAAUGACCGGAGCAUGUUGGGUAAGAGGGACAGUGAGAUGGCUGUACUUGUGGAAGACAGCGAGAUGGAGGCAUCAGUCAUGGAUGGCCAGGAGUAUCAGGCAGGGCGUUUCGCACUGAAUCUCCGGCGACACUGCUUCAGGAUACAUCUUGGGCUCUCUGAUGCCGAGAUGGGAAGAGUUCAGGAUCCAGUGAGUGAUCAGUGCUUCCAGGAGAUCUGGAAUGCCACAGCAACCAGGAAUGCAACCAUUUAUGACCAAGUUUUUAAAUGUCUCCCGUCGAAUUCUACUCCAAACCUGGAGGAAUUGCGUGAGUUUGUGUCAGCGCCUACCCUUGUGACUGAGAAUCCAGAGGAAGCUCGGGAGAAGAUCAAGGACAUCCGUGGCUUCUUGGUCCAAUAUCCUCUCUACUUUCUGUGCAACGAACACCUCCUGCCUCCGCUGAACACUAAGGAAGGCAUGGUUCCAAUUGAAGUUUGGACCUAAUCAGAAUUCUGCCAACUGGUUGAAAAAAGUACUUGGACCAGCUUCAGAUCUUAAUCCCUCUAACUUUUGUACCUUUCCCUCGUCAACAUACGCAAUGGUCCAUUUGAGUGACUGUAAUAGAAGGUCAUGUGGACUCUGGAGUUGGUUACAAGACUGGACGACCAAUCGGAAUGUCUUCCUUCAUCAAAAAUAAGAUUUUCAGUCUUCCCCUUUGACUUACUGCCGAUCACUCCAACAUGCUUGGUGGAAAGAGAAACUGGACGUACCAUCAGCAGAUGUCACGUGUGUCAAAAUGUUUUCUGGUUGCCCAACACCAGGACCUGGAAGACCCUUAAAGACAAUCUGCCUCAGAAGCUGUUGGGUGGUUGUAUAUCUCUUGGUAUCACCUCCAUUUCUGCUGUUUGCAGGUUCCCAUCUGUCACUUUUUCUAAUGUUUAUUGUUUUUCAAUUUUUUAUUAUGAAAUUGUACAAAUCAAAGGUUAAAGGAGCACUAUCUUCUAGAAUUCUUCACACUAUUGCUAGCAUCCCUGAGAAAAAUUGGAACAAGCUUUGUGCACUUUGUUUCUUGCUUUGAGUUACUGAUUAUGUUUUUCCAGCUGUGUGCACAGCUUGUUGAUGUUUUUAAAUACGAUCUUUUGAUAGUUUCAUUUUGCAUCUCAAAGUCUGACCAUCAUCGUCAUCAUCAUCACCAUCAUCAUUAUGUGCCGUGCGACAUGGGCGAUCAUGGUCUUGAUCAUGAUUGUUCUUGGCUAUUUUUUUUCUACAGAAAUGAUUCUUAUUCUUCAGAGAUUGUCUGCCUGGAGUCAGUGGUCGCAUAACCAGGAUUUGUGAUCUGCACCGGCUGCUCAUACGACCAUCCACCACCUUCUCCCAUGGCUUCACGUGACCCUGAUUCAGAAGGGUGGGGGGUUAGCUAAGCAGGUGUUACACCCUGCCCAAGGGUGACCUACAGAGGGAAGGAGCGCCUUACACCUCCUUUUAGUGGAGAUGUAUCUCCACCCCACCACCCAAGAGGCAGAGAUGGGGUGGACAGAGUCUUUUGCCCAGGAUGGAAACAUGAGAUACUUUGUCCAGAGGCUUAAGGUAAGAGGAGGUAGAUAUAAAGAAGAUUUACUAGAGAAGUUCAGAGUGAUGGGUGCCUGGGAUGAUACAACAGCAACGUGUUCGCAGGCCCAUGAACAGGCAGGGAUGGAGAGAUAUGGAUCACAUGCAGGCUGACUGGAUUGGUUUAAUCUGGCAUCACAAUUGGCAGAAACACAGUGGGCCGAAUGACCUGUUCCCGUGCUGUAUCUUCCUGUGUUCUCCAUUGUCCACUAGAAAGAGUGUCCAUUACUGCAAUACUUUUAAUGACUUCUGGAGAUCCCUGGUUCAUGUGACCCAUUGAGUCUAUAAUGGCUCUCUGAGGCAACUGGAUAUCCUUCUUUAUUUUCCUCCACGGUCCCCUCAAUUAAUGGGAGGGGUCCAUGGCUUCUAAAAGGUAGGGAACCCCUGCCUUGCACCAUUCCCUUUCGUGCAUAGCCACCCAUUACACCCUAUUGCUCCUACCACUACCAGGUCCACUUAUCUCAGGUGCGUUGGAGGAAAGGGGAAGUCCAUGCCGUCACAAGGAGAACAGGCAGACUCUACACAGAUAGACUUAGAGUUCCAGUCUAAUUGUCAGUCAAUCAUACAUGAAUACCCAUGAGCACAGACAAAUGAGACAGUGUAACUCCGGGGUCAAGGUGCAAAGCACAGUACCAACAGUCACACACAGCACAAAGCACAUAUAAGAUAGUAGUAAAAACAGUCACACAAAAAGUAUAAUCCAAGGCUCUGAGUCCAUGAAUGUUGCAGAUAUCUUCAAAGUACAUUUAUUAUCACCAUAUACAACCCUGAGAGAAAUUUUUUGCGGGCAUGCUCAAUAAAUCUAUAGAAUAAUAACUAUAACAGAGUCAACUAGAACAUUCAACCAGACUGCAGAAAACAAAAAAAAUGUGCAAAUACAAUGAGAAAGAAAUAAUAAUAAGCAAUAAAUACAGAGAACACGAGAUGAAGAGUCCUUGAAAGUUAGUCCAUAGGUUGUGGGAAUAUUUCAGUGAUGGGACAAGCGAAGUUAUCCCCUUUGGUUCAAGAACCUGAUGGCUGAGGGGUAGUAACUGUUCCUGAAUCUGGUGGUGCGAGUCCUGAGGCUCCUCUACCUUCUUCCUGAUGGCAGCAAUGAGAAAGGAGCAUGUCCUGGGUGGUGGGAAUCCCCGAUGAUCGAACAUAAUAUGGCUUGUCUUUUUCCAAAUGAACACUGGGGGGGCGUGGAACUGACUCCAGCUUGGAUGCCGCGCCACACCGCUUCUGAUGGAGCACGCCGACUCUGCCACCUCUCCCCUGGGUGGCUGUAAACAGCUGACACCACGGCUUGAGGCCUAGUCUUCACCACGACCUGAGUCUUUGUAGCAGCACCAGCUGCUCACCUUAAACCAAUCCCUAUGUAUCUGUAGUGCCUAGGAACUCGUCACAACAAUGAAGUGUACUGUCAUCUGCACUAGUCCAUAUGUGCACAAUGUGCAGUAAAGACCCUACCCGCAGCAGCACCGCAGGCUCAUCGCAUCAGACACAACUUUCAGAAGAAGAAUGAAAAUUAUACAAGAAGGAACAGCUAGAACAACAUAAAGUCCAUUGUGGUGCAAAGAGGUUGUUGUGUUGCUACACUGAGGUAGUGAUUAGGGUUGUACCAGAUGGGCUCAAGAACCAAAUGGUUGAAGGGUAGUAGCUGUUCUUGAACUGGUGUGGGAGUUUAGGCUUCUGCACCUUCUGCCCGAUGGGUGCUGUGAGACUAUGGCGUGGCCAAGAUUGCCCCAGUUGUAAUAAGGUGAUGAGACCAUAAGGUAUAGGAGCAGAAUUUCAUCAUGGCUGACCCACUUUUCCUCUCAGCCCCCAUCUCCUGCCUUCUCGUAUCCCUUCAUGCCCUGACCAGUCGAGAAUCUAUCAACCUCUACCUUAAAUAUACUUAAAGACUUGGCUCCACAGCUGUCUGUGGCAACAAAUUCCAUAGAUUCACCACUCUCUAGCUAAAGAAAUUCCUCCAUAUCUUUUUUCUAAAAAAGAUGUCCCUCUAAUCCGCAACUGUGUCCUCUGGUCUUAGACUCCCUCACUAGAAUCAUCCUCGCUAUUCAGGCCUUUUUUCCAUUAAAUAGGUUUCAAUGAGGUCACCCCUCAUUCUUCUGAAUUCCAGUGAGUACAGGCCCAGAGCCACCAAACGCUCCUCAUGUGAUAAGACUUUGAAUUCUGGAAUCAUUUUCGUGAACCUCCUUUGAAACCAAUGUCAGCACAUCCUUUCUUAGAUAAGAAGCCCAAAACUGCUCACAAUACUCAAAGUGAGGCCUAAUAUAGGAAAUUUAGCAGAAAGAACAAUAAUACAAUAAUCUGCUGUCUUCAGUGAUAAUAGUGAUAAGUACAGGCUGGAGUGAAAGGGAGAACUGAGCCCUUAUCACACUUUUGCAUUAUCCAGUGUAUGUAUACAAGUUCAAGCUGAUAUCUGGAGGACGCUGCCUCUCAGCAGAGAGAUGAUCCCUCAGUGCUACCAUGCACUUGCAUAGAUCAAUGCCUUGUGAACUUUGAGUAGGACCAGCAAUCUUCAAACUCAAAGCCAAGGGUACUACCACCAAGCUAAACCUCAUGUGGCUCUCACAGCAGGAGCAAAGUUGUCACUGCCUAGACUUGUUCAACAAUCAGGGACGCGGCUGGAACUCGUGGUCUUAUAAUUACACUGUACACUGUUCCUUGCUGAUUCCUGUCCAACUGCUGCUGACAUCUUGCUUGUCUUUCAAAAGAUAUAUUAAUAUUCACCAUAUUUUUAUAUAAAUAAAGUCUUC